AUGUCUAAUAAGCCGCACUUGUCAGAAUUUUAUAAUGUGUAUAAAGACAGUAGAAAUAAAUGGGGAUUUCCAAUAAACAAAUUAAAUUUGAACAUAGAUAAUUAUAAAACACGUAAAACAAAAAUAUUUCUUUAUGUAUUAUGGAAUACAGUAUUAUUUAUAUAUUUACUAGAAUUUUUUUUAAAUUUACUAUUCGUUUUAUAUAUACCUUAUAUAAAUAUAAUCAGUAAAACCAUUUUCUUUUUUUCCAUUUUCGAUUUAGCUAUUGUUAUUAUAUUAACAUGUCAAGGAAUAUAUGCUUAUACUAAUGAUAUAUCAUCAUUAUUAAAAAAGUCAGGCAAAUUUUUUUUUAUAUUAAGUGUAUGGUGUUUUUUGAAAUUAUUGUUGUAUGUUAUAAUUACAAUAUUAUCUUUUGCAUUUAUUUCAAAUGAAAAAAUGAACAGUUCAUUAUAUUACUAUGGAAGUAGAAGUAUAUAUUUCAAUUAUUUUAUGGAAAUAAUAAUAACUAUAAAUAUUGUUAAGUCCGUUUUAACCCUUUUCACAGGGCAAAAGGUUCAGUAUAUCUUUAGUUGUAUAAGAACAUGUACUAUUUUAAAAACCAAAAUUCGAAAAGAUCUCGAAAAACAAUCUUUCCUAUUUGAUUACGACUCCUAUGGCACAUUUAUGACUGACUUUCAAAGUGUAAAGAAUUAUGUUUAA